AUGCCUGAAGUCACAGGCUUUGCCAUCUUCAUCUCACACACGUGGCGGACCUUAUCAACGCACAAAUACUGGUACUUGCUUGUGCGACAUGGUUGGCUUCGAGUUCUUCCACUGAUGUUCAAUAGAGGCUUCAACCUGCAUGGGGUGGAGUUUGAGGCGCCUGCAAGUUUGUGGGUUUGGCUAGUCAGCUCGCUGGCUCUCAUUGUCGGGCUACGGAUCAGCCCUUACAUGCCAGCCAGAUCGGAAGCAUGCUUCCUGGAUAUGAUCAGCAUCAAUCAAGUGGACAAAGAGCUUAUGCAAAAAGGUAUCUUUGGCAUUGGCGGCUUCUUGCAGGUGACGAAGGAGAUGGUUGUCCUUUGGAGCCCACCGUAUUUCUCGAGACUCUUG